CAUAAAACUAGAAAAAAAAAACAGUUUCAUUUAACGGUAGAAAAACUGAAAAUGGAUAAAAACUUGUGGGAUUUAGCUUUGGAACAAGAACGAAACAAAGAAGAAAAUCAGCCUUCUGAAGAAUCUGCUGUUUUGAUUUGUGGAAGUAAAAAUUCAGGAAAGACUUCUAUCAUAUUAAGAUUUUUGGACAGGGAUGAGGCUCCCAAACCUACUGUUGCCUUAGAAUAUACAUUUGGCAGAAGAGCUAAAGGUCAUAAUAUAGCAAAGGAUGUUGGUCAUAUUUGGGAACUUGGUGGUGGAACUUGGUUAACUAAAUUGAUGGAUAUUCCAUUGAAUCCAAAAACUGUUUUACAUACAAGCCUAUUUCUAGUUUUAGAUUUAUCUACACCUACUGAAAUGUGGUGUACAUUAGAAACUUUGUUACUUGCUGCUCGAUCUAAAAUAUCUCAAUGUAUAAGUGAUAUGAAAUCAGAAAAACCUGAUAUAAAAGAAAUUCUUCAGAAAAAAGCUUGGGAAAGAGUUGGUGAAGAACAUCCAGAUAAGAAUAUGUUAGAUCCAUUAUUGAUACCUACAGUUAUAGUUGGAUCCAAAUAUGAUAUCUUUCAGGACAUGGAUUCUGAGAAAAGAAAGGUGAUAACUAAAACAUUACGAUUUGUGGCUCAUACAAACGGUGCCACUUUACAGUUUUUCAGCACCAAACAAGAACAACUUGUAGCAAAGACAAGAGCCUUGAUAAGUCAUCAUCUAUUUGAUACUACAGCAAGUAAAAAUAUGCAGAUAGAUUUAAACAAGCCAAUUCAUGUUCCAGUAGGUCAAGAUUCCUUACAACAAAUUGGUAAUCCACCAUUAUCAGAACAAGAUAUAGGUCGUGUACAUGCCAAGAAUCCAAUGGAAUUAUGGAAAGUGGCAUUCACAGGAUAUUUUCCUCAAGAGAAUACCAAUAAUCCUGCUACUGUAAAGGAUCCUGCUAAAGAUGUUCAGUUUGCAGAACAUGCUAUAGAUGCUCUUAGAUCACAAAAGGAUGGGGAAUUAGAGAACUAUAGAAGAAUAUCUGAAAGAAGAGCGAAAGAAAACAAAUCAAAUGGUUAUGAAGUAUAUGUUUAAUAUUAAUUAUACAAUAUAAAGAUUCUGGUGUACAUAACCACAUUCCGUCCAACACUUUAGCAGAUUGAUAGAUUCAACUGUCACCAAUUUAUUUAUUUUAUCUAUUUCACACUCUAUUAUUUGUAAAACUUGUUUUGUUAUGAAUGUAAAUAAAUAUAGAUGUAGAUUAAUGUAUUCCAUGCUAUCAUAAUAAAUGUUCUCACAUAUCAUGACAAUGAUGGUUGAUAAAAUGAUUUGGAGCUAAAACUGUGGAUUAUUGCCUUUGCAACUGCUAAAAUAUUAGACUUCACUAGCAAAUUAGUGACACUUAUAGGUCCUUUUUGACUUAUUCAAAUUUUCUUUC